ACACUGUACGACAAAUUUGUUGUUUUCAUUCAACUAAUACCCUUCGAGCACAACGAAAAAAGUUAAAAUUCUUUCAAAAUUUCAAAAGGAUUUCAAUUGAAGCCGAUCUGGUUUGCCAAGCACAAUGCCCGCGGUUGAGGAAACGCAAAUAACAAAGUACCUUUCGCAGUAUAAGUACGUGGCUGCCACCAAGAAGGACGUUGUGGACGUGGUCACAUCGUACCGCAGCUUGAGCUACGAUCUGCAGAGUUUCGUGUUCAACGAUGGCACUUCCAAGAAAUUGUUCACCAUACAGGGCACUAUUCCCGUGGUCUACAAAAAUAACACUUACUACAUUCCUAUUUGUAUUUGGUUGAUGGACACUCAUCCCCAGAAUGCACCCAUGUGUUUUGUCAAACCCACUCCCACCAUGCAGAUAAAGGUAUCGAUGUAUGUGGAUCAUAAUGGCAAGGUCUAUCUGCCCUACCUGCACGACUGGCAGCCGCACUCCUCCGACCUUCUCUCCCUCAUCCAGGUGAUGAUCGUCACCUUCGGAGAUCAUCCACCGGUGUACUCAAAGCCCAAGGAACAAAUUGCAGCCCCAUAUCCAACGAACUCUUAUAUGCCUCAGCCUGGUGCACCUGGUGGCAGCAACUCGUUUCUGCCUUAUCCCACAGCUGGCGGAGCUGGUGGCAGCAACUUUCCACCGUAUCCCACCGGAUCCAACGUCGGACCGUAUCCCCCGACACCCGCUGGUCCAGCUGGUGGAUCCGGCUAUCCGCCCUACAUGAAUUUCCCACAACCAACCGCCGCUGGGUACCCACCAGCAGCGGGAUAUAAUCCCUCAAAUCCCAGUUCCACGGGAACUAUUACCGAGGAGCACAUCAAAGCAUCAAUCAUAAGCGCUAUCGACGACAAGCUGCGCCGCCGAGUCCAGGAGAAGGUUAAUCAGUAUCAAGCCGAGAUCGAAACUCUCAAUCGCACCAAGCAGGAGUUGCUCGAGGGCAGUGCCAAGAUCGAUACCAUUAUAUCGCGCCUCGAGCGCGAACAUAUCGAUAUGCAAAAGAACAUUAGUAUAUUAAAGGACAAGGAGCAGGAGCUGGAAAAAAACCUUGAAGCUCUGGAGAGCGCCGAGGCCAUUAACCCCGACGAAGCGGUGACCACCACAGCGCCACUAUACCGACAGUUACUCAAUGCCUAUGCCGAUGAAGCGGCCACCGAGGAUGCCAUCUAUUACCUGGGCGAGGGUCUCCGCGGAGGUGUCAUCGAUCUGGAGACCUUUCUCAAGCACGUGCGACAGCUAUCCCGCAAACAGUUCAUCCUACGGGCCACCAUGCAGAAGUGCAGACAAAAGGCCGGUCUAGCCGGCUAGAAGAGACUUGAUUUCAACAGUUGUCGUUAUUUCUUAUUCGACGGGGUAGUGCGAGCACGUGCAGACGAUUUAUAUGUUACCAUAAAAAAUAUUCGAUGUUUUAAGCGCAAUUUGAAUCUUAAAAAUUGAAAUUACAAUUACAAUAAUCCUAAAUAAAACAAAGGCCUCAUGUAUGUUAACGCCCACGA